AUGGGGAACUGCACCAGCCACCCGCAUCACGAGCCGCAGGUCCACUUCGACACGGUGGACGGCAUGGCGACGGUCAAGGCCUUUGCCGGCAUUCGACAGGUGACGAUGGGCGUGCUCCGCAUCGACUACGAGUAUCAAACCAACCUCGGCGACAUCCUGGACCCGCGCUCCUUUGACUUCCGGAUCAUCUCGGCAACUGCUGAGGGGCUCACGUUCGCAAAGGCCAAGGCAGGCGACAAACUAGACGCCACUGGAAAGGAGCUGCUCGAGCGGGCGGUCCGGCAGCUCAUCGACAACGGCGCAGACUUUAUCGUCGGUGACUGCGGCUUCCUCGUGUACUGGCAAGUGAUGGUGCGCGACUAUGCGCAAGACUACGCCCAGAAGAAGUACGGGCGCAAGUGUCCCGUCAUGAUGUCCUCGCUCGUCCUCGCGCUGCCGCUCCUCGCCACCAUCCCAUCGGGCGGACAGAUUGGGAUACUGACGGCGAGCGAGAAGUCCCUUCAGGCGGUGCAGAAAAAGCUCCCCAUCGUCAUCGAGGACCAACAGAAGGAGGACGGCGGGCAGCGCUCGCGCAGCGUCCCAGCCGCAGAGGACCCAUCUGGCAUCAUGAUUAACUUCUCCGACCCCCGCUUCAAGGUCGUCGGCCUCGAUGAGGUGAAAGACUUCAAGCAUGCGCUGGAUGCACAGGGUGCGGACGCCGUGAAUGACCGGCGCGACAUCGCGGUUCAGAUCGCGGCGUACUGCCAGAAGGUGCAAGAGAAGAAUCCGCAAAUUGCCGCGUGGCUGAUCGAAUGCACCGAGGCAGGCGGGUUCGCGUGGGCAAUAAAGGUCGGCACCGGGCUGCCGGUGUGGGACCCCAUCACGCUGGGACGGUUCCUCUCCCUCGGCUUCACUGCCAACGUCCCCAACGUGGCGCUCACCCUGGGACAGCACGGCGAAAACCCACUGGACCCGAGCGCAACGACCGCGGGCAAGGGCCGCUGCACCGGAGAAGAGCCAGGCCAGAUCCACGCCCUGGGAGCCGAGUUCCAGGCGAUUCGUGAGGGCACGCUCUGA